UAGAAGCUAGAACCAGAGCCUCUGACCAGUUCCUCCCAACCAUGGGGCUCCCGACGAGUCACCUGCUGGCUGGCUUGUGUGUGUGUGUGGCCUUGAGCUGGGGAGCGGGCUCAGCCCCCCGCCGGGGCCCCGCGGAGCUGGAGCAGGACCAUUACCUGGCCCAGCUGUUUGACCUGUAUGGGGAGAACGGCACGCUGUCUGCAGGGGGCCUGGCCAGGCUUCUCCACAGCCUGGGGCUAGGCCAAGUGCAGGGGCUGCGCCUGGGGCAGCAUGGGCCUCCAGCGGGUCGGCCUGCACCCCCAGCGAGAGACAACGCCACACAUAGGCCACAGGACCCCAAAUUGAAUGUGGAUGUCUGGGCAGAGCUGCCUCUGGGUCCCUCAGGGUGGGGUGACCUUGAGGAACCAAAGGCCCCCCACCCACCUCAUGGGCCAGCCCCCUCGGGCCUGGACCUGUUUCACAGGCUUCUGUUGCUGGACCAUUCACUGGCUGACCAUCGGAAUGAGGAUUGUCUGAAUGGCUCCCAGCUGCUGGUCAAUUUUGGCCUGAGCCCCGCUGCUCCUCUGACCCCUCGUCAGUUCGCUCUGCUCUGCCCAGCCCUGCUUUAUCAGAUCGACAGCCGUGUCUGCAUCCAGGCCCCAGUCCCAACCCCACCAGGGGAUCUACUAUCUGCCCUGGUUCACAGUGCCCUGGCAGUCCUGCUGCUCAGCCUCCCCACACCCCUCUCGCUGCUGCUGCUUCGCCUCCUGGGAUCUCGUCUAUUGCGGCCCCUGCUGGGCUUCCUGGGGGCCCUGGCCGUGGGCACCCUUUGUGGGGACGCGCUGCUACACCUGCUGCCACAUGCACAAGGAGGGCAUCACUCCGGACCUAGCGGGCAACCAGAGGAAGACCUGGCUCCAGGGCUGUCGGUACUUGGCGGUCUCUUUCUGCUCUUCUUGCUGGAGAACAUGCUAGGGAUUCUGCGGCGCCGAGGGCUCAGGCCAAGCUGCUGCAGGCGAAAAAGAAAGACUCUCAGAACACCAGACCUGGACCCCGAGGACAGCAGUGGGAUGGCACUUCAGCCCCUACCGGCAGCUCCAGAGCUAGGGGCUCAGGGCUGCAGGGAGCCGGACAGCCACCCCCCACCAGCCCCAGGCCCUCCCGGGCACCAAGGCCACAGUCAUGGGCACCAGGGUGGCAGUGACACCAGUCUCACGUGGAUGGUCCUCCUGGGAGAUGGUCUGCACAACCUCACGGAUGGGCUGGCCAUAGGUGCUGCCUUCUCCGAUGGCUUCUCCAGCGGCCUCAGCACCACCCUCGCAGUGUUCUGCCAUGAGUUGCCUCACGAACUGGGUGACUUUGCAGUGCUGCUCCGGGCAGGGCUGCCCUUCCGGCGGUUGCUGCUGCUGAGCCUAGUGUCUGGAGCUCUGGGACUAGGGGGUGCAGCCCUGGGGGUGGGGCUCAGUUUGGGCCCCGUCCCCCUCACUCCUUUGGUGUUUGGGGUUACCGCUGGGGUCUUCCUCUAUGUCGCCCUUGUGGACAUGCUACCAGCCCUGCUGCGUCCUCCCGAGCCCCUCUCUACCCUGGAAGUGCUCCUGCAGGGGCUGGGGCUGCUGCUGGGGGGCAGCCUCAUGCUCACCAUAGCCCUGCUGGAGGAGCAGCUGCGGCCCCUGGUCUCUGAUGGCUGACGGGCCGGUGGAAAGGCAUCCAGCUGCCCUUCCUUCCCCCCAACCACAGGAAUGGAGGCGGGACACAGGGCCAGUAGGAGCAAUAGGAUUUUAAUAAACAGAACCCAUC